GGAAGACCCCGUUGAAAAAGCAAAACAGAACAAACAGAAGAAAAAAAGCGACACUUUUUUCUUUUCUUUUUCAUUGUCCAAUUACGUCGCCAUUUGCCCCAUUUUCCAUUGAUCCGCGUUUUCUUGCAAAAUCAAAACACAACGCAACCCUUACUCGUUAAGCUACACAAGAACAAUAAACAAAACCCCCAACAUUUUCUUCCAUUUCCAUUAUUCUCAUCUAAACUCCCUUUCUCUUUCAAAUCGUGUUAGUUACAGAGUGAGAACUGAGUUCCUUACUAAGCUCGGUGGAAAAAGGAGAGUCUCGAAGAAAAAGGCGUAACCGCCAACCAUGGCUAGGGUUAGCGAGAACUGGGAGAGGCUGGUUCGAGCGACGCUCACCAGGGAGCAGCUGCGAAAUGCUGGACCUGGACACGGCAGAAUCGCUAGCGGCAUCGCCGGUGCGGUUCCGCCGUCGCUUGCUCAGACCACGAACAUUGACCUUAUCCUCCAAGCUGCCGAUGAGAUUCAAGCCGAGGAUCCUAACGUCGCCAGGAUCUUGUGUGAGCAGGCUUAUACCAUGGCUCAGAAUCUUGAUCCCAGCAGUGAUGGCAGGGGAGUUCUUCAGUUCAAGACUGGUUUAAUGUCUGUUAUUAAGCAAAAACUUGCUAAAAAGGAUGGGGCCAGGAUUGACCGCAAUCGUGACAUUGAGAACUUAUGGGAGUUCUAUCAGCGCUACAAGCAACGACAUAGAGUGGAUGACAUCCAACGGGAAGAGCAGAGAUUACAAGAAUCGGGAACUUUUAGUUCUACACUGGAUGAGUUAAGGCUAAGGGCAUCAGAAAUGAAAAAGGUUGUUGCCACACUUCGUGCCUUGGUGGAUGUCAUGGAAUCACUUAGUGGCGAUGCUGAUCCCGGUGGAGUUGGAGGCCUCAUUAAGGAGGAGUUGAGAAAAAUAAAAUCUUCGAGUACGACGUUAACUGGAGAGCUGACGCCAUAUAAUAUUGUUCCUUUGGAAGCACCGUCAUUAACCAAUCCUAUCAGAAUCUUCCCAGAGGUUAAAGGUGCAAUAUCUUCAAUUAGAUAUACUGAGCAGUUUCCUAGACUUCCUUCUGGAUUUAAAGUAUCUGGACAGAGGGAUGCAGACAUGUUUGAUCUUUUGGAGUAUGUUUUUGGUUUCCAGAAAGACAAUGUAAGGAACCAGCGUGAAAAUGUUGUGUUAAUGAUAGCAAAUGCACAAUGUCGACUUGGCAUGCCUACCGGAACUGAUCCAAAAAUAGAUGAGAAAGCGAUAAAUGAAGUCUUCUUGAAGGUACUAGAUAAUUAUAUUCGAUGGUGCAGAUACUUGCGAAUGCGACUUGCUUGGAAUAGUUUAGAGGCAAUUAACAGGGAUAGGAAACUUUUUUUGGUUUCCCUUUAUUUUCUUAUUUGGGGUGAAGCAGCAAAUGUUCGCUUUCUCCCUGAGUGCCUUUGCUAUAUAUUCCACCAUAUGGCAAAAGAGUUGGAUGCUAUUUUGGAUCAUGGAGAAGCCUAUCCUGCUUCCAGCUGUACUGCCACUGAUGGUUCUGUGAAAUUCCUUGAGCAAAUAAUUUGUCCCAUAUACGAGAUCCAGGCUGCGGAAGCUGAUCGAAACAACAAUGGGAAAGCUGCACACUCGGCAUGGAGGAAUUAUGAUGACUUCAACGAAUACUUUUGGUCUCGUGCUUGUUUUGAAUUGGGCUGGCCAAUGAAGAAAGAUUCCCCAUUCUUAAGGAAACCUAAAGGCCGCAGAAGGACUGGCAAAAGCAGUUUUGUAGAGCAUAGAACGUUUCUGCACUUGUUCCGAAGUUUUCAUCGGCUUUGGAUCUUCUUGGCAUUAAUGUUGCAGGCAUUGACAAUAAUUGCUUUCAAGGAUGGAGAUCUCGAUCUGGAUACUCUUAAAACAGUACUUAGUAUUGGGCCGUCAUUUGCAAUUAUGAAUUUUGUCAAGAGCAUCCUGGAUGUGUUGCUUACAUUUGGGGCAUACAGCACCGCAAGGGGAAUGGCUGUCUCUAGGCUAAUUAUAAGGUUUUUCUGGGGUGGCUUGACUUCCACGGCCAUAACAUAUCUUUACUUGAAGGUUUUGCAGGAAAGGAAUAGUCGUAACGCAGACAAUUCAUUUUAUUUCCGAAUAUACAUUCUUGUACUAGGUGUUUAUGCUGGUCUACGUCUAUUCCUAGCACUGUUGCUCAAAUUUCCAGCCUGUCACACAUUAUCAGAUAUGUCUGAUCAGUCCUUCUUUCAGUUUUUUAAGUGGAUUUAUCAAGAAAGAUAUUUUGUCGGGCGCGGUCUUUAUGAGAAGAUGAGUGAUUAUUGUAGAUAUGUGAUCUUCUGGCUGGUGAUAUUUGGCUGCAAGUUUACCUUUGCAUACUUUCUACAAAUUCGACCCCUUGUCAGUCCUACCAGGAUCAUUCGACAUCUUCGCAUUAAUGAUUACUCUUGGCAUGAUUUAAUCUCGAAAAACAAUAACAAUGUGUUGACUAUAGUUAGCUUGUGGGCUCCUGUUGUGGCUAUUUAUCUCAUGGAUAUUCAUAUUUGGUACACCCUCAUGUCAGCAAUUGUUGGUGGUGUAAUUGGUGCACGGGCUCGGCUCGGUGAGAUACGUUCAAUUCAAAUGUUGCAUAAGCGUUUUGAGAGUUUUCCUGGGGCAUUUGUAAAAAAUUUGGCCUCUCCACAAGCAAAAAGGUUGCCCAUCAGUGGACAAUCAUCCCAGGAUUCUCAGGAUACAAACAAAUUGAAUGCUGCUAUGUUUGCUCCUGUUUGGAAUGAGAUAAUUAUAAGCUUGCGUGAGGAAGAUUUUAUUAGCAAUAGGGAAAUGGACCUACUUUCUAUUCCUAGCAACACUGGAAGUCUGAGAUUAGUUCAAUGGCCUUUGUUUCUUCUAAGCAGUAAGAUCCUGAUGGCGAUUGAUUUGGCUUUGGAUUGCAAAGAUACACAGACAGAUCUGUGGGGCAGGAUAUGUAAGGAUGAAUAUAUGGCUUAUGCAGUGCAGGAGUGCUAUUACAGCAUUGAAAAAAUUUUGUAUUCAAUAAUAGUUGAUCAUGAAGGAAGACUUUGGGUCGAAAGAAUAUUUCGUGAGAUCAAUGCCAGUAUAUCAGAAGGUUCACUUGUUAUAACCUUGUCUCUGAAGAAGCUACCACUUGCUUUAUCAAGAUUUACAGCAUUAACUGGACUCCUGAUUCGAAAUGACCCGGAACUUGCAAAAGGUGCUGCUAAGGCUGUGUAUGAAGUCUAUGAUGUUGUUACUCAUGACCUGGUUUCUUCAGAUUUAAGGGAGGCUCUGGAUACUUGGAAUAUUGUAGCUAGAGCUAGAGAUGAGGGACGCCUUUUUUCUAGGAUACGAUGGCCUGAUGAUCCAGAAAUUAAAGAGCUGGUGAAGAGGUUGCAUCUCCUUCUUACCGUAAAGGACUCUGCAGCUAAUGUUCCAAAGAAUCUUGAAGCCAGAAGAAGAUUACAGUUUUUCACAAAUUCUUUAUUUAUGAAGAUGCCUUCAGCAAAGCCUGUUAGUGAAACGUUGCCAUUCUGUGUUUUCACCCCAUACUAUAGUGAAACUGUGCUAUACAGUACUUCCGAAUUGCAAAAGGAGAAUGAAGAUGGGAUAUCUAUUCUUUUCUAUCUUCAAAAGAUAUUUCCAGAUGAGUGGGAUAACUUUCUUGAAAGAAUUGGUCGGGGAGCAUCCACUGGAGAUGAUGAACUUCAAAAAAAUAGCAGUGACACUUUGGAGCUCCGUUUCUGGGCAUCUUAUCGUGGGCAGACUCUAGCUAGGACAGUUCGUGGAAUGAUGUAUUAUAGAAGAGCAUUAAUGUUGCAGAGCUUUCUGGAGAGCAGAUCACUAGGAGUGGACAAUUAUUCUCCAAAUAGCUUCAUCACAAGUCAAGGAUAUGAACUGUCACGUGAAUCACGAGCACAAGCUGAUUUGAAGUUUACUUAUGUUGUAUCAUGCCAAAUAUAUGGACAACAGAAACAGCGAAAGGCACCGGAAGCUGCUGAUAUUGCUUUGCUAUUACAGAGGAAUGAGGCACUGCGAGUUGCUUUUAUCCAUGCUGAUGAAAGUACAACUGAGGGAAAGACAACAAAAGUGUUUUAUUCAAAGCUUGUUAAAGCUGAUAUAAAUGGAAAAGAUCAGGAGAUAUAUUCUAUCAAACUUCCCGGGGAUCCAAAGCUAGGUGAAGGAAAGCCCGAAAACCAAAACCAUGCUAUAAUUUUCACUCGCGGUGAUGCUGUUCAAACUAUUGACAUGAAUCAGGACAAUUAUCUUGAGGAAGCAAUGAAAAUGAGGAACCUCCUUGAGGAAUUUCAUGCUAAUCAUGGCCUUCGCCCUCCAACUAUUCUUGGUGUGCGGGAGCAUGUUUUUACUGGAAGUGUUUCAUCCUUGGCUUGGUUCAUGUCAAAUCAAGAAACUAGUUUUGUAACCUUAGGCCAGCGUGUUUUAGCUACUCCGCUGAAAGUUCGCAUGCAUUAUGGACAUCCUGAUGUAUUUGAUAGGAUAUUUCACAUAACUCGAGGAGGCAUUAGUAAAGCAUCCCGUGUUAUUAAUAUUAGCGAAGACAUAUACUCAGGUUUCAACUCGACACUGCGGUUGGGAAAUAUAACACAUCAUGAAUACAUUCAGGUUGGAAAAGGAAGGGAUGUUGGGUUGAACCAGAUUGCCCUCUUUGAAGGGAAAGUGGCUGGUGGUAAUGGAGAGCAAGUGCUUAGCAGGGAUGUUUACAGACUUGGACAACUUUUUGAUUUUUUCAGAAUGCUUUCCUUCUUUUACACAACUGUUGGUUUUUAUGUUUGCACUAUGAUGACAGUCCUCACUGUAUAUAUAUUUUUGUAUGGAAGAGCAUACCUGGCAUUCUCUGGUCUUGAUGAACGCAUCUCGAGGGAAGCAAGGAUUUUGGGUAACACAGCACUUGAUGCAGCUCUCAAUGCACAAUUUUUGGUACAGAUUGGUGUUUUCACUGCAGUGCCAAUGAUAAUGGGGUUUAUACUUGAAUUAGGAUUGCUGAAGGCUAUUUUUAGUUUCAUCACAAUGCAACUUCAGCUAUGUUCUGUGUUCUUUACAUUCUCAUUAGGAACUAGAACUCAUUAUUUUGGGCGUACAAUUCUCCAUGGGGGUGCAAAAUAUCGGGCAACUGGCAGAGGGUUUGUUGUCCGUCACAUAAAGUUUGCUGAAAAUUACAGACUAUAUUCUAGGAGCCACUUCGUCAAAGCGCUGGAAAUAGCACUACUACUUAUAGUUUACAUCGCAUAUGGGUAUGCGCAGGGAGGUGCUGUUACAUAUAUUUUGAUAACUCUAAGCAGUUGGUUCCUUGUCAUAUCCUGGCUUUUUGCUCCUUAUAUUUUCAACCCAUCUGGCUUUGAGUGGCAAAAGACUGUGGAAGAUUUUGAUGAUUGGACAAGUUGGCUUCUUUACAGAGGAGGUGUAGGAGUGAAGGGAGAUAACAGUUGGGAGUCUUGGUGGGAUGAAGAGCAGAUGCAUAUCCAAACGAUGAGAGGUCGGAUCUUGGAGACAAUUUUGAGUUUGAGGUUCUUCGUGUUUCAAUAUGGAGUUGUAUAUAAGCUACAUCUUACUGGAAAAGAUACAUCACUUGCAGUAUAUGGAUUCUCAUGGGUUGUCUUGGUCGUAGUUGUCUUGAUAUUUAAGAUCUUUACCUACAGCCCGAAGAAAUCUGCAGAUUUUCAGCUGGUAAUGCGUUUUUCUCAGGGAGUUGCAGCUAUUGGCCUUGUUGCAGCCGUGUGUCUUGUUGUUGCCUUUACAAAUCUGACAAUACCUGACCUUUUCGCAAGCAUCCUAGCAUUUAUCCCGACUGGAUGGGCAAUGCUAUCUUUGGCAAUUACUUGGAGGAGGAUAGUUUGGAGUCUAGGAUUGUGGGAUUCUGUGCGCGAGUUUGCAAGAAUGUAUGAUGCUGGAAUGGGAAUGAUCAUCUUUGUGCCAAUUGCGCUUCUAUCAUGGUUCCCAUUCAUUUCGACAUUCCAGUCUCGCCUUCUCUUCAAUCAAGCCUUCAGUCGUGGUCUCGAAAUCUCACUUAUCCUUGCUGGAAACAAAGCUAAUGUUGAGGCUUAACUCUCUCUACUCAUCUUUUAUUGCUUGUGAACCUCUGCGGAGGAUUUUAUAGUUCACAUGUAUAUUAUUUUGCAGUGCAGUGUGGACUUGGUUCCACAUUUAGUGUGAGAAUGUAUGAUCAUUCUUGGUGGGUUUCUCUUUGUAUUAUUAGUUAUUUAGUUUUGCAUAGUCUGCAGUUCAGUUCCCACCAAUAUUAGCAUAUUGUAUUGAUUAGUCUGUAAGUACGAAAUUAAAUAUAAUCUCCCAUAGUUUAACCACUC